CAUGAUUCCGAAAGUUAUCUUGAAAAAGAACAUGUUUGUGAGGUUUAGUAGAAAGCGUAAGGAUGACGGUGAGAAAGUUGCCGUGAAUCUUGAUGUGAAAAAACAAACUUUGGGACUGUAG